CGUGUCACCGGUUGCUAGGAUACGGAGGUGCAUUCAGGCAGCUGCUUCCUUUAAUUACGCACCGUUUAGAACCGAACCCAGAACGGAACCUGUUUGUAUUUUAAACACUUAUCAGCUUGUAGUUCAACUCCUGAGUGUUUUUUAUCUUUAGUGUUGUUUAUUUCAGGUUUCUGACGUUUGGAAAGACCGUUUGUUGUUAGCAGCUGGUCCUUCUUAGCUUAGCUUAGCUUGUGACCCGUUAGCUCGGGUUAAAGUUCUUAGAUCGGGUCAGAGUACAGACCAGUUUUAGUUCCCUGACCCGUUUUCAGAGGUCCAGUUCUCGGUUCUAAAGCUGCUUUUUCCGGGACUUUCCGUGUGAACCCACGUCCUCCUCCCGGUAACCUGCCGGCUCGUAUGGAGCGGGCUGACCCGGGAAAGGGCCCCCAGCUGCUGAAGAACCAGCCGUACGACGAGAGCCUGGAGGUGGACGGAGAGGAGGUACCGAGCGUCCACAGCCCGAGUCCCCGCGGACAGCGUCAGUCAGAGUCGAGCAGGAACCUGAGGCUUCGCAGUGUCAUGUCGGCCCACAGCAGCAGCGACGAGUUCGAUGGGGACCAAAAGCCUCCGAGAGACAAAGAGCCAGCUGAGACAAAGCCAAGGCCUGGUCCAAAUGAAGAGGAGGAGGAGGAAGAGGAGGAAGAGGAUGACUCUGAUGAAGAGGAUACAGACGAUGAUGAUGAUGAUGACCCCACAGAGCCUCUAGAGGGAGUGUAUAACCCUGCAGACUACAUCAACCUGCCUGUCAGCUCCGAGAUCAAAAAUCUGUUCCAGCACAUCAUCCGGUACACCCCUCAGACUGUAGAACUGGAUCACUCCCUGAAGCCGUUCAUCCCGGACUUCAUCCCGGCUGUUGGAGACAUCGACGCCUUCCUGAAGGUGCCGAGACCCGAUGGGAAACCAGAUGAUCUGGGCCUAAUGGUUCUGGAUGAGCCCAGUGUGAAGCAGUCGGACCCCACGGUGCUGUCGCUGUGGCUGUCAGAGGAGACCAAGCAGCACGGAGUCACACAGCUGCAGAAGGUGACGAGCGUGGCGUGUCCUCAGGACAACCCUCGGGCCGUGGACAGCUGGGUGGACAGCAUCAGCGCUCUGCACCGGUCCAAACCUCCUGCCAGCGUCCGGUACCAGCGACCCGUCCCGGACAUCGACAGCCUGAUGCAGGAGUGGCCCACGGACCUGGAGGACCUGCUGGGCCGCAUGCAGCUGCCCCCGGCCCGCCUGGACUGCAGUCUGUCUCAGUACGUCGACAUCAUCUGCAGCCUGCUGGACAUUCCUGUCCACGGGACCAGGAUCCAGUCCCUGCACCUGCUCUUCAGUCUCUACCUGGAGUUCAGGGACUCUCAGCACUUCACCCGCAGAACCUAGAGACGGUUCAGAACCUCCACCUGAACCUGCUGCACGCUGAUGGUCCUGUCAGGGAGGUGAAGACCUAAGAAGUGGGUCAGAACUGAGGUCAGGAUCUGGACUCUGAGUUCUGCAGCUGAUGGGUUCUAAUUUAAAAACUAUUUGUGUCUUUCUGUGGUUCUGGACCAGUUCUGUAUGUUUUUUUACAAGAUCCAA